ACGAGAUGUCCGGCAAAGGCUCCGUGGUUCUGGCCUACAGCGGGGGCCUGGACACCUCCUGCAUCCUCGUGUGGCUGAAGGAGCAGGGCUAUGACGUCAUUGCCUACCUGGCCAACGUGGGCCAGAAGGAAGACUUUGAGGAAGCCAGGAAGAAGGCACUGAAGCUUGGGGCUAGAAAGGUGUUCAUCGAGGACGUCAGCAAAGAGUUUGUGGAGGAGUUCAUCUGGCCCGCCAUCCAGUCCAGUGCGCUGUACGAGGACCGCUACCUCCUGGGUACCUCUCUCGCCAGGCCCUGCAUUGCCCGCAAACAGGUGGAGAUCGCCCAGCAGGAGGGAGCCAAGUAUGUGUCACAUGGCGCCACAGGAAAGGGGAACGACCAGAUCCGGUUUGAGCUCACCUGCUACUCACUGGCCCCCCAGAUUAAGGUCAUCGCUCCUUGGAGGAUGCCCGAGUUCUACAACCGGUUCCAGGGCCGCAACGAUCUGAUGGAGUACGCGAAGCGACAUGGAAUUCCCGUCCCAGUCACCCCCAAGAACCCGUGGAGCAUGGACGAGAAUCUGAUGCACAUCAGCUACGAGGCUGGAAUCCUGGAGAACCCCAAGAACCAAGCGCCUCCAGACCUCUACACAAAGACCCAGGACCCGGCCAAAGCCCCCAACAGCCCAGACAUCCUUGAGAUCGAGUUCAAGAAAGGGGUCCCUGUGAAGGUGACCAACGUCAGGGAUGGCACCACCCACAGCACGGCCUUGGAGCUCUUCCUGUACCUGAAUGAAGUCGCGGGCAGGCAUGGUGUGGGCCGCAUCGACAUUGUGGAGAACCGCCUCAUCGGCAUGAAGUCCCGGGGCAUCUACGAGACCCCAGCGGGGACGAUCCUUUACCACGCUCAUUUGGACAUCGAGGCCUUCACCAUGGAUCGGGAAGUGCGAAAAAUCAAACAAGGCCUGGGCUUGAAAUUCGCCGAGCUGGUGUACACGGGUUUCUGGCACAGCCCUGAGUGUGAAUUUGUCCGCCACUGCAUCGCCAAGUCCCAGGAGCACGUGGAAGGGAAAGUGCGGGUAUCCGUCUUCAAGGGCCAGGUGUACAUCCUCGGUCGGGAGUCCCCACUGUCCCUCUACAACGAGGAGCUGGUGAGCAUGAAUGUGCAGGGAGAUUACGAGCCAGUUGAUGCCACUGGUUUCAUCAACAUCAACUCCCUCAGGCUGAAGGAGUAUCAUCGCCUCCAGAGCAAGGUCACCGCCAAAUAAACCGGGCUGAUAAUGGGGAGCUGGGACUCCUCGCUUUGCCCAUCUCCCAAGUGCAGCCGCUAAUUGUUGUGAUAAUUUGUAGUUGUGACUUGUCCUCCAGGGCUGGCAGUGCAGUGCGGGUGCCAGGCCCCGGCUUUGUUCCCUGGUCCCCUGGAUCCUGCAGAAGUGGUCAGCAAACGGAAGGGGUGGGGGCCGGCUGCAGUCAGGAGCUGUAAAAUGACGAUUAAAA